AUGUAUGUACCAACGUCAAAUAUUAUUAAUAAUUGGUCAAUUGAGCGAGAUCCUUCUUCAACUAAUGCAAAAAUAUUUGCUACAGAACCGCCAAUAUCUUUAGAAUUAUGGACUUCAUCUUAUCAAUGGGCUAAAUCAACAAAAGAUAUAAUUUGUAUUUCCAACAAUUCUUCAAAAAUUUAUUAUAUACCAGCUCGUGAUUUACAAUCCAAUAAAGAAGCUGAUUUAACUAAAUACGAAAAUAAGAAAUGGACGACUCUCAAUCAAUUUAGAAAAUCAUUUGAUAUUUGGCGUAUGGAAAUGGAGAAUAAUGAAGCUUGGAAAAAAUCAAAAUGUAACUGUCCAGCGGUUUUUAAGCAUUAUAUAUGCAAACACAUUGUUGGUAUGGCUAUUCGUUUAAAAUAUUGCAAACCACCAUCAGCAGCAAAAACAGUACCAAUAGGUGAAAAAAGAAAACGAGGUAGACCAACGAAAGCUAAGGCUGCUUUACUAAUACAAUAG